CGCCUUUAUUUUCCAGAUGUAUCGUCACUUGAGCCUAAGGCUACUAUUGAAGAUGCGCCUAGGGAUUCUCCAAAAUUCAACACUGUGAAGAGUAUAGUGUUGGAAAGCAUGUCUGAUCGACAGGUGCAUCAAUUCAUGCACGUGGAGAAGGUUCGGUUGGUGAAGAAUCCACUCCUUGAAUACAGGUUCUCUCAGUUUAAAACUAGCCUUCGGUCAUCAGGUCAAAAUGAUGCAGAGGGCUACGGGUUCUUACUUGUUGGAUUUGACGACGAAGAUUGGAUACACAUCUGCAAUCACGGGUACUCUGUUGGUGUUGCCUUCUAUGGAGACUUAGGUCUAAUAACCCGAGGUGUAUAUGUUUACCGUCAUGUGGACUUAGUGACUCCCUCACUUUUCUAUAAAGACGAAAUUAUGCGUGUUAUGGUAUUUCGAACUUUGAGAGGGAAAAGUAAUGCAGUUGGAUUGGGUUCCACCGAACUUGAACCAACUAUGGAUUGCUCUAGUCAUAUUGCCGCUCCAGAUCACAUUCCAUUUGCGAAGAAAAGCCGUCAGCAACUACAUCGACAGUCAGCGGUUUACCAUUAUGAAUACAACAAGGAUAUGUCGGUUGCUGAAGUUCCCUCGGGUGUUUUACCCUAUGCUGUCGUGGAUCUCCGUUUCAGUAUCUCCGAAAGAAACCAGCACUCUAGUUUACCUCCCACAUUAGGAUAUGUGAACGAUCAGCUCUAUUACUAUCCUGUGUAUGAAGGACAGCUGGCGAUUUGCUCUGCAGUUUUUCCAAAAGCAACUCUUAAUACGGUUUUUGAGGAUUCCAGCAAACCACAUGGAUUGGAUGAGUCUUUGGUGUUCACGAAGUUGCUAAAAUGGGCUGAUGCAUAUGAUGUGAGAGGGCUUCCGCAACUUAUGGCACCGGACACGUGGGGUUUAAUAGCAAAACAGCGCGAAGUCUGUGUUAGGAAUCACAAUGAGCGGUCUGAGAAAUGGAAAGUUCGCUAUGUUUCUCACUUCGUGUGGAUGUGUAACGAUACCCGUUUUGUCACCAUCACCAACGCUAUGCGUGUCGAACAAUGCGCUGCGAUCGCCUAUUCAAUAGAUGCAACCACGUACGUGGCCUUUCCAUCUAGUCAGUUUUCGAGUGUGUUCGGCCUACCGUGGCUGCAGCAUCCUUCCCUCCACGUCUUAGUUAUUCAUGCCAAUCCACUUUUCUACGCCGAUUCAAAUGACGUGAACUGCUUCAAUGAUGAAACGGAAAUUACGAACAAAAUUCCUCUUGGCACUGCAAUUCUGGAUGGUGAUGAUAUAGCGACCUGUAACUCAUUCAACUCUCAAGACCAUCAGAAGACACCCCACUUCACUCAACCGGAUCCGCGUGCACCCAUCCCAAGUUCGCCGUUCGAUGAGUCACCGUCGCAAGAUCCUUCAAAGUCAGUUGAAACGUCUCAAAGUGCAUGCUCGGACGCGGACGGUGAGGAGCGCUCUCCACUUCCUCCCGUCCCUUUGCCACAGUUUGCCGGCAAAAGCUGUCUACGAAAUAAACCUCCGCAAGUGUUUGUAGAGCAACCUCCACUAAUAGGGAGAAGCGUACCUCCUCCAGCACCCGGCACUGCUCGAAACACAGCUGCUGCUGGAGUUGCAACUCCCAGGAAAACGCGUAUACGAUGGUCAGAAAGUGUUGUAGACAAUGAAAAUAAAUGCGGCAAAAAGCUGUCGAAUGAUCGGGAUGAAGCGGUCAAGGCGGGACUGCAUGGACGUCUUCCACCACCCAAAGAUCUGCUAACAAGGAAGCCGCCAUUUGGCGCGGCUGAUCGGACGGGUCAGCAAUCAAAUUCAACCCCUCUCGACGUAAAUCCCAGCCCUCCCACCGUUGUGAACAAACAUAAGGAUCUGUUCCAAGGGGUUUUCAGCACAAUCGCAAAAGGUAACAUUUGCUUUUGUUGGUUGGUGGGGGUAGAUGCUGUUCAGCGAUCUGUUCUAGGUGGUAGUGCAGAUGUUGACUUGGCGGAUAAUGGAGUGGAACCAGCUCCUCCAGUUGAACAAGCACCCGAGACCGCAAAGUGCCCACGAGAGCCUAGCGGUUCCUCGUCUGCAUCGAAUGCAAACACACAGUCGUCAGAGGAUGAGCUCACAGUUUGUGACAUGGAAAUUGAGUCAGGCUCUGAGGGAACACCUACUCCACCAAACGUGAAGUCUUCGCCAGAAAGAACAGAUGAGGCGGUGGACUUCAUUGACGAUCAUGACGAAGAUUAUGAUGCCCAAUUCAUGUGUGAAACGACAAUGGAUUCGCAGACCAGUUCAUGUCCUUCGUCUGCUUCUACAACCUUUGGAGAGGAGCCCACAGCGUCCACAACGAUAUCUGGAGCGCCCGAUGUGCAGGUUGGAUAUUACAACUUGUAA